CUGUGUGUAAAAAAGUGCUUUUUAAUGUUACAAUAAUUUGUUGUAGUAUACUACAUACUAAUAUUAUAUUAAAGUUUAAUUUAGAUUAACAUUACCUAAAAUCACGAGGUGUUUACUCUUUCGAAUUAGGUUAUGUUAGUGAGUCUUUUUUAUUCAAAAAUUUUGAAAUCAGAAUGGCCGAGAAAGAUUCAAAUAGUAAUUGUCGUAUAGUAUCAUUAGCGUGGCCAUGUGUCAAAAAGAAAGUGGAAUGCGUAGGGUCAGCAUUCCUCAGAUAUUAUAAUAUUAAAUGUCACGGCGAUGAUCCAUCCUUUACCGAGUCCAAAUCUCACGAGAAGGCGGAGGAGAUAGUCUUCGAUGACGAUGUGGAGUACUUGCGAAGCCUCGACCCUAAGGAGUGGAAGUCACAGGAUCACUAUGCGGUACUUGGUAUGAAGGAACUUAGAUAUGAAGCUACUGAUGACGACAUUAAACGCGCUUACCGGCAAAAGGUUUUGAAACAUCAUCCCGACAAGCGUAAGGCGCAGGGCGAGGACAUCAGGAGUGACGAUGAUUACUUUACAUGUAUCACUAAAGCAUAUGAAAUCCUCGGGACACCAGUCAAACGUAGGUCUUAUGAUUCAGUUGACCACACUGUGGAUGAUACCAUCCCCUCAACGGCUGAGAUUAAGAAAGAAGGAUUUUUCGAAGUAUUUUCUAAACAUUUUGAAUCAAAUGCUAGGUGGUCAGAAAAAAAGAAUGUUCCAUUACUUGGUGAUGAGAACAGCUCUCGGGAACAGGUAGAAAGGUUUUAUGCAUUUUGGUAUGAGUUUGAAUCGUGGAGAGAAUUCUCGUAUCUUGAUGAGGAAGAGAAGGAGAAGGGGGCUGAUAGAGAGGAAAGAAGAUGGAUAGAGAAGCAGAAUAAAGCUGCUAGAGCUAAACUAAAGAAAGAAGAGAUGGCAAGGUUGAGGAGUUUGGUAGAUCUGGCUUAUACUUACGAUCCUAGAAUACAGAGGUUUAAGCAAGAGGACAAGGAUAAAAAACUGGCUGCCAAAAAAGCCAGACAGGAUGCUGUUCAGGCUAAAAAAGCAGAAGAAGAGCGUAUAAUGAAGGAAGCUCUCCUCGCUAAGCAAAAAGCAGAAGAGGCAGAGAGAGCACGUCUGGAUGCUGCUAGAGCUGAACGAGAAAUACAAAAGAAAAAUUUACGCAAGGAACGAAAGGCACUUCGUGAUCUUUGUAAGGCAAAUAACUAUUAUGCCCAAGGGGAAGAUCAAACUGUGACACAUAUGGCAGCUGUUGAGAAAAUCUGUGAAGUCAUGAAACUCACUGAACUUCAAGAUUUUAUGAAAGAACUUGGAAUUAAUGGUCGAAUUGCUUUUGUUAAGACUGUGCAAGAAACAGAAGAAAAACUUGAAGCAGAGAGGAAAGCAUUAUUUGAUACAAAGAAACAAGAUGAGCAGAAAAUAAAGAAAGAUGCUGUUCUGAGGACACCUGUUGAGUGGACUGUUGAGAUGACACAGAUGCUCAUUAAGGCUGUGAAUUUAUUCCCUGCUGGCACAAACCAGAGGUGGGAAGUGGUGGCAAAUUUCUUGAACCAGCAUUGUACAUUUAUUGAUGACAAACGGCUAUCAGCAAAAGAAGUAUUAAACAAAGCUAAGGACUUACAAAGUUCAGACUUUUCAAAAAGUAGUCUAAAGAAAGCUGCCAAUGAAGAGGCCUUUGACCAGUUUGAAAAAGAAAAGAAAAAAAUUUCCAAUCACGUAGACAAUACCGGAAUUUCAAAGAGCGAUAAAUUGGUGAAUGGAACUACCACUGCUGAGAUCAAGCCUGAAGAAAAACCCUGGACCAAAACAGAACAAGAAUUGUUGGAACAAGCAAUUAAGACGUUUCCAGUAAACACUUCAGAGCGGUGGGAGAAGAUCUCUGACUGUAUCCCGAAUCGAUCAAAAAAAGACUGCAUGAAGAGAUAUAAAGAGUUAGUUGAAUUAGUAAAAGCAAAGAAACAAGCCGCAAACUUGUCUAAAUAACACUCAAAUGAUAUUAGUUUAGUAACAAAUUGAAUGUCUGUAGAUCAGACCAUUGCCUUCAUGUUGUAAAAUAUAAACGAGAUUGUU